UAUGUUUGUGAUGUAUCUGAACAAUGAAAUAAUUGCAAAAAAAAAACGACAAAUAUGCUCCAGUAUUAUUUUUAAUAAUCUAAACACUGCUUGUGAUUAUUUAACAGCUUGAUUUUAUCAUUUUUAAUAAAUGCUCGCAGUUUUAAUAAAUGCAAAUAGCAUACAAGCAUUAACACAGUUUUUUUUCCCUAUUAUUAUGACACAUUGAAUGCUCUGGCAGAUCAACAAACCGGUUGCCGAACGCUUCAUCACAACUUCAAUUAUUGGCAUUGUUAACUAUCGAAAAAAUAAAAAAAAAAAUUAAUGAACUUCGAAAUCAAAUUCAAUGAUAUCAUAUGGACAAUGUAGAUUAGCACAAUUAAUACCAUGUAUACAAGAUGCAUCACAACUUUAUGAUUAUUGUGUUAGAAUAUUAUUUAAAUUACAUAGUGCAUUACCAGCUGAUACAUUAAUUGGUCAUCGUGAUCUUUUUUUCAAAGAAUUUCAAGAGCUUAAAAUUUUUUAUACAACAAUUAAACAUAUGCAAUAUUUUAAACAAUUAAUAACAAUACCAGGAAUGCCAGAAAAACCACUAAAUUUUUUAAUACAAUCAGAAUUAAGAACAUAUGUUACACCAGUUGUUGUAGUACCACAAGAAGAACCAAUUGAUGCUGAUAGUUCUGUUGAUAGUCUUAUUGAUACAUCAGAUACAAAUUUACUUGUAAGUGAACAAUUAGAAGGUCGUAUUGAUAGAGAUAAUAUGUAUCAACAUGAAAUUAUAGCUGCACAAGAAAAUGAAAGACAAAGAGAUGAACUUUUAAUGUUAAAUGAAUCACUUGUACGAGAACAUCAACGUCUUAUUGAUGAGUUGAAGCAUCAUAUUAAACAAUUUGAUUCACAAAUAACAUUAAAAGAUCAAGAAAUUGAUAGACAAAAACAAUUAAAUGAUGGCCUAGGUCAACAAAAUGCUGAUUUAAUAUUAAAACUCCUCGAUUAUGAAGAUAAAAAUCGACAAGUUGAUGAAAAAUUUAAAAAAUUAAAAGAAGUUUAUGCAAAAUUACGUGAGGAACAUAUUACUUUAAUUAGAAAGAUAGCAGAAAUUGAAAAAUUAUAUGGAAUAACAAAAUCAAAUCAUAAAAAUUAGAAAGACGUCAUUAAGAAAUUGAACAAGGUCAUAAUGAAUUACUUCAGGGUCAAGCAACUG